AUGGCCAUUUUCGUCCAGAUUUUCCCACAUUUUUCGGUUGGAGCUGCCUGGAGUUGGGGCAAAGCCGAGGUGUCAGCAGACUUUGUCACAGCUCAUGAUGGCUCCACCGCCUUCACCAGAGAGGAGAUGGGAGUGUCCACCACCUCCACCACCACCACCACCACCACCACAGACACUGCCACAACCACCACCUCUGCGAACGCUGCAAGCACCAGCCGCCCUCCAACGACCCACACAACGACCAUCUUGGUGGAGGGGAAAUUGGAGGUUCUGAGCCAGGUUCCAAACAUCUUGGUGAGGGCUGCUGGGGGUGUCGAACAGCUGACAUUCAAGGUGAACUCCACAGCUGACACCACGGGGCUGGAGGCGUUGAUCACUGUAGCUUCAUCCUUGCAAAAUAGCAAGGGAGCCUAUAUAUCUGAUGAUCCUCCAGAUGGGCUUGCUUACACGGAUAUGAAAGAUGAGGUUCCAGCCUUGUACUCCAUAGUCACCACCGAGACGAUCCUGGAUGGAGCAUCUCUAGUUCGCAAUGUGUCGUAUGCAAUGAUCGGCACCCCAAUUGUCAGCGUGACAUAUCAGGAGCCAGAGCUUUGCUCGAGUUCGGAGUUUGAGUGUGCACCUGGAGUCUGUACUGUGUGUCCUUCGGAUGUAUGUCUUUGCGACGGAUGGCAGGACUGCGAGAAUGGUGGUGACGAGGACAUUUGGGGCCUCCUGGUUCAGCGCAAUGUGACUACAACAGCUUGCGAACUGCUGCGCAAUCUCUCACUGACCAAUACCAGUGUAAAUGAGAAUGGCACGGUUGAUGGAAACGAUCCCUGCUUCGGAGUGAGUGGCUAUCCUUGCAACGGUGCCUUGUGUAUUCCGAUGCCCCAGCGCUGUGAUGGAGUGGAGGAUUGCCCUGAUGGAGAAGAUGAAAAAGGCUGCGCAGCGAUGCCGGAGGCCGAGGACAACACCACCAAUGCGAGCGGCUUUCAAUGGAUUGCAGCAGUCUUCUUCAGCGCACAAGAGGUCAAGUGUGCAAGACUCUCACAACCUGAUGGGAUUGUUGCGCCAGAAGUCCGCUUGAUGUCCUGUGACUUGAAGGCCAUUUUGCCUGGGACGCUUGACUUGGCCAAAGCCGCCGGGAAGCCGCUUCCAUCGCCCAUGCGGAGCCCACCAGCGACAUGUCGGUACAUGGCAAGCAUCCAAACAAAUACCACCAGAGUUGGAAGUGAUUUGCCGCCCUUUUUGAAAAUGGACGUCGAUCAUGUCCAAGGGAGUGCGGUCUUCUCUGAGAAAAAGUGUUCGGUUGGCCCGGAGCUCCAGAACUACGAGAUCAUUGGUUUGUCAACUGCUGAACUUGCCUAUGCGAGUGACCCCACGUCUACGAUCGUCAUGUGCUACUGUAUUCAGCGAAUGUAUUUGGAGCCGCAGGUGAUGCUCGCACUGGCAGAAGAUGACGAGCGCUACAUCAUGUGUUCUGAGUUCACUGAGAUGUCGCAGGGGAACUACCAUCGAUCCUGGAUCCGUGUGGCAGUGAUCGUGGUCUUCAAUGAGCUCUUUGAGGCGACCAUCCGUGGCACCUCCACCACAGUGCGCUACAAGGAUGAAACCACGCGGUUGGUGAAACAUUUCAAGAAUCUCUUUUGGUUCUGGAUUGUAAACACAGCCUUGAUGCCGGCCUUUGUGAGUUGUACCAUACCAGCUCUUUGGGCAUGGGUCAAGCGCGAGUUGGAGAUUGGAACAACCCCACAUGGUGGCAUUUCUAUGAGGGAGUGGCAUGGUUGGGUGGGUAAUGUCAUCACUUUGGCUAUGGCCUUUCGGGUGUUUAUCCCGCAGGUUCCCGAUCUCUUGAACGUUUGGUGCCGGAAAUGCAAUCGCAGAUGCAAGGCACGGAAGACGAUCUCACAGGAAGACCUCAAGAAUCUGUAUGUGAACCCUGAGUUUCGAAUUGCUGAAGGAUUUGCAGAGGUGACGGUCACCGCAAGCAUUGCAAUGAUCUUUGGACCUGCGCUACCGUUGCUGAAUGUCCUGGCAGCAGCCUCCUGCCUCACACGCUAUCUCGUUGACUGGUUCAUCUUCCUCCGACAUUGCCGGCGCCCGGCCAUGUACGACGAAGUCAUUGCCAGGGUUGCGGUGAAUCAUUUGUUGAUGGCACUUGUCUUCCGCUCCGCCACCAGCAUUUUAGUUUGGGUGCAUCCGACCCUCUUUACCUCUGAUGUGGCAGGAUGUAGUUUUGACGAGAGCGAUGUUUCGUCACUGCGCGCGCAGUAUUAUCAGGAAAUCUUUGGCAUGUUUGAGCUCUUUGUCAACCCAACCUGCAACCCUGGUGCAUGGUUCUUCUCCUUUCUCCCUGGACUUUCAGCAGUUGGAUGUUUGGUGAUACUGCCAAACCUCACCAUUGUCAGGUCCAUUCUGAUGGUUCUUUGCAGACGUUGCAGAUCCAAGACUGGGUAUCUUUACGACGAUGUCGUGAAGGCACGUUUGCAGCGUCGAAUCGUCGCCUCCUACCAGCCCAGGGUUCAUCCAACAUAUCAGUCAGCUUUCAAGCUGAUGGAUUUGACGGCCAACUUCAAUGAGCAGGGGUUGACAGACAGCUCAGAAAGCCACGCGUCGACGGACUUGGCAUCAGAACCUGAGCCAGAAGAAGAAAAUUUGGCAGUGACCAUCUUCGGCAAGGAGUACGAAGGCGACAACUCUUUCAUCCGUAGCAAGAUGUCAGCCCCAGAGCAGGCUAGGAUGGACUUUGACUCCAUUGACGAGUCCAAGGUGAUUGUGCACCAUGCUUGCUGCUGCUGCUACGACGGUUGUGUGCCUGAAGUGCACCACAUUGGAUGUGCAGCACAGAAAACCGUCCUUUGCCUUGAGUGCGACCUUUGCUGCAAGACUGGCGCACCUUGCUUGUGCUGUGGAUGCUGUGCAUUCCGAUGUGUCGACCUCACGACAUGCUGCAAAGCACAGGGCCAGUUCUUCUGCUGCGUGACGGGAUCCGCAUUCCCACCCGAUGAUGAAGUGCCUUGCAUGCUGAACGUAUGCUUCCUCAAUUGCUUCCCCAGACUUGGAUGCUGCAUGAGGCUGGGUGACAUGAAGGCCAAGCAAAUGCCAUGGGAGUCUGAAGCCACAGCAUAG